AUGGACGAGAACAUCGGACCUCGCCCGUCGGGUCAUGCUUCCAUGCCACCAACAGCUAAUUCCAGCUUGCUGGCAAACUUCCUACCAUACGAGCCCAUCUCACGAGCCACGUCUCCUGGUAUUCCUUAUCCCAAGACUGGCGCCGACGAAGAUGAUAAGAAACGUUAUCGGGCCCGAACCUUUGCCUACUUUUCGCAGCUUCCAUUUGAGGUAGAGGAGGAGGCACAGCGCGAUGCCGCUCUCCAGGGGAUUCUAAAGCAACUAUACAUUGCUGUUCGAGCUGAAGACUUCUCUCCGGGCGCUCUCCAUUGGACGAAGGAGCUCCAGGGAUGGCUCACUCUCAAGUUUGAGAUGACUAGGGAACAGAGGGCAAAGCUAGCCAAGCUCUAUUACUCUCUUGCACUGGCUCCAGGCUUAGAUGCGACAGCCUCUGAUCGCUUCUUGCGCAUGGUCUUGUCUCUGACAAGGAAAAACCAUUACCUAAAGCCAGGUGAGGAUCUUGUUCUCGAAUGGAGACCCUUGUGGAACGAAAUCAAAGCUUGGGUUCUGCCCUCAGAGGUCCCAGCCCAUCAGAGCAACCGCAAACGUUCAGCGAAGCAACUACUCAAGCUCUGCACCCAUGCCCACACAUACUUCGACCCCUCCGAGCGCCGGGCUAUGUUGGAAGAGUUUUUGCCUUUCUUCAGCGUCAACGAGUUGCCAAACGCAUUCAUCGUCGCAGGCGUUCUGAAUGCUCUGCUGCCAAGUCAUCCUGCCCCUAUCAACGAACCUCAGUCACAGCCAGCUGAUAUUUUCCCAACACUUUUCCAUCUAUGGUCGAUAAUAAAUCGAUCCAAGGCUUUUGAUAUCUUCUUCAUCGACCUGCUGUCCCGUAUCGCCAGAGACCAUAUAGCCUGCUCCUAUGUUCCAUUCGGUAGCCAUGGCAUCUUUUCUAAGGACCAGUCCGACCUCAUUUUCACGGCCAUUCUCAGACUCACACAGAUUCCUGUGGGCCAGGCCAAUUCUCCGUACACGCCUCUAGAUUAUCUUUCGGGUGCUGGUAUAUACGUGGAGAAAGACAAGAAGAAAUACCCCGUAGCCUACAUGAUCUCCCGCUUGAUUGUGAGCUCCUUGUCUCCAGCUUGCUUGAAGAAUGAAGACUCGAUCAUAUCUCAUUUGGAGGGUUUCAUGGAGUCUAUUGACACCUUCUUCCAUCCCUCGAACCAGGGUUCGUGGACCACGAUGCUUGGUCAAUUGACCCUCUACCUUACCGAGGCGUUCGUCUCACGAUGGAAUCGCGAGCAAAGUGGUGAGUUGGAUCUUCCAGAGGAGCGCAAGAUCAACGAUGAGUUGAAGAGGCGCUUUGUAAUGGCGCUCAAAGAAGUGACUUUCAUGGGUCUGUUUUCGAAGAGCAGCCGCGUCUCGUAUUACUACUACAGCGCCUUGCAAGGUCUUGCCUAUCUUGAGCCUGACCUGGUGCUACCAGGGGCACUACAACGCUUCUACCCCAGUCUUCAGGGGCUAGUGGAGGUGCACAGAACCACGUCAAGCUUGAACGGAUUGCAGAUGAUUGCCAAUGUCAUGUCCAAGAACAAGGGAUACAGAUGUCAUAUCACUGCUCUUCUGGCGCUCGCCCUUCCAGGUAUCGAUGCAAACGAUCUAAACAAAACCCAAUACACUCUCAACUUCAUCCAAAGUGUUGCUUACAGCAUUCCUAUGGUGCCCUUGGUCAAGGAAGGUAGUCAUAUACAUGACACCGCAUUAGCUAUGGAGUGGGUUCAGGGCCAGAUGGAUCGCAUGGAGCGUGAGGGUCAGAAUGUAAAGUUUGACUACAAGAACGAGCUUAGUGAUGAAGAUGAGGCCAAUAUCUUGAGGUCCUCGACUACUGGGUUUGGCGAGUUCAUCUUAACUUUGCUAGGAAAAGUGUUUACUCUGCUUGAGAACUUGCCCGAUGCCAACCAAGUUCGAGGAGGAACUCCUGAGGACAAUGUUAUUAAUGCUUUGCCGGCUGCGUUAUCGCCGAUCUUCGCCUCGUUGUCACCUGAGCUCUUUGACAUGGCCCUUGACAAGGUGGCCACCUUUGUGUCGAGCCAUGUGGUCCACCAAGCCCGAGAUGCGAUGGCGUGGAUCUUGAAUGCGCUCUGCAAGGUCAAUCCUGAGAAGACUCUCAAGGUCUUCAUUCCCAUGCUAGUUGUCAACAUCCGCAACGAAAUUGACUACAACAACGCCGCAUCUGAUCGAAGCAGUGGAACAGACUACCUCCCCAGAGAUCGAGCCCUGGUUUGGUAUGUCAGCAUGUUGGCCAUGGCUGUUGUGCACGUUGGCAGUGAGGUGUUGAAAUACAGGGAUGAACUUCUCGGCAUUGCCGACUACAUGCAAGAGAAAUGCCGUGGCUUGCCUACCAUCCUGAUCUCCAAUUAUAUUCAUCAUCUUCUCCUGAACUUGACCCACACCUACCCCAUUGACCAUGCUUUGUAUGAGCCUGAGGUCAUUCAGCGUGGACUCGACGUCGAUGAUUGGGGAAAGACCACUGCUCCGGCAGACCUCAGCAUUCGAUGGCAUCAACCCUCGCCAGCUGAGAUUGACUUUGCUGUUGAGCUAUUUGCAUCCCAGACCAAAUCUGCCAAAGACCAACUUGAGCUCCUAAUGAGCGAUAACCCACCCGUAAGCAGGACGGGCAAGAACAAGGAGUGGUCAGAUGAGGUCUCUCGCCUCAUGCAGCAAAUCCGGCUUGUUACAUCCGGCAUGGCCACCAUGUUUGACCCUGAGCGUGCCGCGGGCAUUAUGACCGGCAAUACCGAGGACGACCACGAUGUGGCUCGCGAGGAUGAUGAUGAGAUGAUGAUUGACGAAGACCCCCUUGCGGAGGUUGCGGAAGACGAAGAACUGCGUCCACAAUUUCGCUACAAAGCAGGAUACGCGCUCAAAUUCAGCGACCCUGCCUAUAGUCGGAUUCAUGACCUACGAGAAGAACUGGGCCAUCUCCUGACUAAAACCCACUCUUUCCUCAACGAAAAUCAAGAAGAUGAUGUGAACUCCUUCACUGCUCUGUAUGCUGCCUAUCGUACCUGGAUUACCGAUGUUGGCAUCGAGCGUUCUGCACAUCCUCUCGAAAGGCAUGUGCGACUGUACAAAUCUGACAUUGCCGCUUUCAAGAUCAAAGGUCUUAGAAAAGUUUAUCCUCGUCCUCUUCUCAUUAAACGUGCCGAGGCGUAUCAGCUUCUGCGCCGUAAGCACAAUGCUUCUUCGAGGCAGAAGAGCGAGUUGGAUAAGCGACUUUUACUUGAUCUUGCAGAGUCCAGUCUUUCACUCUAUGCUGACGUACGACGAGUUGCGCAGAGUGCCCAGGACUCAUCGCUCAAAUCGCUUAUUGGCAGCAAGCCGCUGGUGAUUCCUAUUAUUCUAGAGCGUCUCAGGAAAGCACUCGAUGCGAACGACCAUGACAGAAUCAAAGGAGGCAUGUAUACGUUGUUGUUCACGUCUCUCCUGAGAACUCUUGUCAAGGACUGGCGAUUUGCUCCUGAAGCUAUGCGUUUAUACAUCGAGACUGCAGGUAUCGAUAAGCCUUCGAUUCAGAACCUGGGCUCGUCAGCGCUAUAUACGCUCAUCGAUUUUGGCAAGCCCUUCGAGCGUAUGAUCAUUGUCAACGAUGAGCUGGUAGAUACAAUCAAACCUGCCGCUGAUGUGUCAGCGGCUAUCGAAAGCCGGCACCAGUUUAUUCUGCAACGCCGAACAAGGGUCGAGAAAUCCAAGGCCAGUCUAGGGCUGGAGUUGACGCAGCGUGCCAAGGGUGCUCACUGGAAGAUAGCCACCCGUUGUGCAGUCUUCGCCACCAACUUGUGCCUUCGAUUCCAUACUGUGGCACCUCCUGAGUUUAUCGAUCUUGUCGCUCAAGGCACAAACGAUCCUCAUCCUAGUCUCCGUGGCUACUACUUGAGCGCGUUCACUUCUGUUUUUACGGCAGUGGAUAUGAGGGCUGUCUACGGCCAUGACUAUCGCAACUACCUUCUUGAAAAGGAAGUAGGUGAUAGAAACCGUGUUCAGGUUGCUAUUGAAAAGGGUGACGCUGAGUUCACCCACAACUUCCUUGAAGCUUUCAAGCAACCUGAAGGGGCUUCAUAUAUGGUCGACGCUGAUCACCCUGGUUGGCUUGUAUGGGGCAAGAAGUUUACAGCUUACCGUGCAAAGCCACUUCCUUUCAACGCCUACGACGAAGUCGAAAGCGCGUUGCGCGAUCAGAUGGGACAGAUACUGAACCGCGACUGGCUGUCUGAGUGCUUCAGCUACCUAAAGCAGGAGCCACGAGACACGACGACGGAUAGGUUUCGCAUGAGUAACGUAUAUCUGUUAAUGCAUGUCUUCGACUUGAUGCACUAUGGGAAAACAGCAAUCACACUGGAUGAUGUCAAGGGGCUUGUCAAGGAGGUUUUUGGUGAUGGUAACGACAAGCACCAGCACAGAGCAACGUCCGAAAUCAUUGGUGCUUUGCUCGCAGGCUCUAGCGACGACCCGCCGGAAAUUCGCAAUCUUGUCUGGGAGUAUGCUGCGCCAUUCAUGCUCAAGAUCUUCGCCGACGAUUUGACCCCUGAUAACCUGCAGUACUGGCUCACAUGUCUUCAUCUCGUGCUCGAUUCUAAAGACCCUCGCCGGUCUCACGAAAUUGUUGACACUUUGAGGGCAUUCAGACUUGACAUGACGUCCAAUGCAGCUUUUAAGGAAUCAUCAAAGGUGCAGCUACUUGAAUUCAUUGUUGCUGAUGGCGGUUGGCACUUCCGACAUGACCAGCCUAUUCUCGACGAUUUUCUUGCUCACAUUGACCAUCCCUACAAGGCAGUUCGCGAAGCCAUUGGUCGAGUGUUGUCGGUCAUCUACAAGACUCGAUACCAUGAGUCAUUUGAGAAUGUGAGCAAACUUUUGGAGCAGAAUAAGGCUGCUUCGACAACUGGUAUCAGACCCUAUCAACCAACAGAAGAGUUUGCAGCAACUAUUAAGGACGUCUUUAGCCGACUUGAAAAAUGGCGCCAUGAAAGAACACCGGGCCAGCAGACACCCAGCUCUUAUACCUCAGGCUCCAAGACUGUUCUCAUGUGGUUAGACUGUACACUUUCAUCUCAUGAAUGUAUCCAGCUUGUGCCUUUCUUCCCUACCCCUUUCAUGGAAGAAUUGCUGCACAUGAUGGACGUCAAGGAAGACCCUGAGCUCAUGAGACUCGCGUAUCAUGUUUACCGCCAUCUACCAAACAUCCCUUUCCGGGAUGGUGAGGACGCGGAAUUUAUCGAUGCACUCAUUCGCAUUGGCAAGACGUCGACCAGUUGGCAUCAAAGGCUGCGCGCCUUAGUAAACAUGCAAGUCAUUUACUUCAGACGCAUCUUUCUCACACGAAGCGCCCAAAGGGAAGCACUCUUUACCGCUGUGUCUGAUAUGCUAGGAGACCCUCAGCUUGAGGUGCGCUCGUGCGCGUCAACGACACUGGCGGGCAUGAUUCGCUGCUCGCCCCGUCGUAUUCGAGAUCCAACAAUUGCACACCUCAAGGCUCGUUUCGAGGAUGAAUUAGAGCGUAACCCAAUGCCGAAACGCAACCGCCAUCUCGCUGGGACAGAUACCCCAGUUGACAUUCAUAAGCAAAUCACACGACGUCAUGCAGCAAUACUUGGGCUGGGUGCCUUGAUUGAGGCGUUCCCUUAUGCCACUCCUCCGCCUGAAUGGAUGCCGGAAGUGCUAGCAAUGCUGGCUCGCAAGGCAGCUGCCGAUCCUGGAGUUGUGGGCAAGGCAACCAAGACAAUUCUUAGCGAGUUCAAGAAGACAAGACAAGACAGUUGGACCGUUGACCAAAAGUAUUUUACUUCCGAACAGCUGGAGGACCUUGAAGGAGUACUCUGGAAGAGUUACUUUGCCUAA